AAAAAAAAAAAAAAAAAAAAAAAGACAAGAAGCUCUGGACUGACAUGGCGCGCAGUGGGACAUGGUCUACAACCUGGUGGCCAAAUACGGCCUCAUCCCGCAGUCCCUCUACCCUGACAGCUUCUCUGCAACGGCCAGCAGCACUCUCAACAGCAUCAUCUUCACCAAGCUCCGCGAAGACGCCCUCGUGCUGCGCAACCUACUCUCCAGCCCCUCCACCUCGGCCACCGCAGUCUCCAACGCCAAAGCCGAGAUGCUCCGCGAGAUCCACACCAUCCUCACUCUCACACUCGGGCCACCACCGUCCCCUUCCGAGCCGUUCAACUGGGACUUCACAGACACGUCCGGCAAGGCCCGCACCGUGCGCACCACCCCACAGCGAUUCGCGCAGGACAUCUGGUCGCCCAACUUCCGCAUCACGUCCGCCGCGGCCGGCCAGGGCGGCUGGUUCGGCAUGGGCGAUUCGUGGAUGGAUGAGUUUGUCUAUCAGGCGGUGGUCGACCCGAGCGUGUUGCGCGAGGAAGUGAAGAAGGUGUUGGAUGGCGAGCCUGUUGUGUUGCCGCUGUGGGAUCCCAUGGGGAGUCUGGCGUAGUAGGGGGAUACCCUGGGGGGGAUGCUGUUUCAAUCGUCUUUGGCGCCGGUUUACAUACCUAAUACUACUAGUACUCAAUUCUACAUGAGAAGUCUCUAGCGAUCUCCUGACAAGCGAAGCAGGAGACAUGCGACUGGGUACCUUACUCUACCUUACCUAUCUUGGAAAUCAGGUACCUUUUGGUCUUCUUCCCCUAUGUUAGCUUGGAACACCCUACUGAAGGCACUCCGUUAUGCCGCUCGCCGCUCGGACAAAGGCAAGUUGCCUAGGAACAUACCUAUGCAUCAAUGAGCUAGAGAUUUUAAAUCCGUAGACGCAGGACCCCCAAACAAACCAACAGAUAGCCAAUAUCUUCCCAGCCUCGAUACCUCUCGAGACCACCAUCCGUAUCAACCAGGAAGGCAGUGCACAAAAAAGGGGAACCCGCCCUGUUCUGAUGUUGAUCCC